AUGAAUACGUUUAAGCUUUCUAAUAUUUUAUUUAACAUUGUGAUUUUACAUUUAAUUGUAAAAUGUGUAUCAAAAUCGACAGAAGUUUCAAAUUGUGACGACUAUGACGCUAAGUACCUGCCACCUUAUGGAAAAUUUUGCGAUAGAUUUAGUGAGAAAUGUAUUGACACUGUACAUUUCCCUUUAAAAAAUAAUAAUUUGCCGUAUUUUGUAAAACAUAAUUUUACAAUCGACAAUAAUUGGAAAUCCGUCGGAAAAUUUAGGUAUUGUAAAAGUGGUACUUGUCGUGCAGAAUUUACUAUAAAGAUUGAAAAAAGUACACAGAUUGAAUAUGGCAAUAAAACAUCUUCAACGCAAUGGUCCACAUUGGAAUAUAGUGAAGCUGUUGCAAAGACUAUAGCUGACAGUGUGAAUGAUGGUUUUUCGGGCAUGGGCAUACAAUUUGGCGUAUCGACUGAAACUGAUGUACAGCAAAUACUGUCGGUGCGGAAAAAAAAAUCACAUGUGAUGGGGUUCAAAAUGAAAAAAUAUUUGUGGAGGCGCGAACAAACAUGGCACGAUUGA